UUUUCUAGCUGCCUCCCCUGUUAGCUGCCGCUUGUCAGCAGCUGGCGGAGCUGGAGGCUGCAGGCCCCUGUCUGCAGAGAGCCUUUUACUUCAGAAUAUUGGGGGGUGUGGAAACCUCGCCUCUUUUUUUCUGCACUUUGCACCAUCUGACUGACUAAAUGGUUGUCCUCGGUACCAAAAAGGCUGCCAUACAAUCCAAGGAAAUUGCCUCUGACUAGGUCAUGUUUGCAUUUGAAGAAUUCAGUGAACAGAGUAUCUGCCAAGCGCGGGCUUCCGUGAUGGUCUACGAUGACACCAGUAAGAAAUGGGUACCAAUCAAGCCUGGCCAGCAGGGAUUCAGCCGGAUCAACAUUUACCACAACACUGCCAGCAACACCUUCAGAGUUGUUGGAGUCAAGCUACAGGAUCAGCAGGUUGUGAUCAAUUAUUCAAUCGUGAAAGGGCUGAAGUACAAUCAGGCAACACCCACCUUCCACCAGUGGCGAGAUGCCCGUCAGGUCUAUGGCUUAAACUUUGCAAGUAAGGAAGAGGCAACCACUUUCUCCAAUGCGAUGCUCUUUGCUCUGAACAUCAUGAAUUCCCAAGAAGGAGGCCCCGCCACACAGCGUCAGGUGCAGAAUGGCCCCUCUCCUGAGGAGAUGGACAUCCAGAGAAGACAAGUGAUGGAGCAGCAACAGCAGCACCGCCAGGAGUCUCUGGAGCGAAGAAUCUCUGCCACAGGGCCCAUCCUCCCACCAGGGCAUCCCUCAUCGGCAGCCAGCGGCACCCUCUCAUGUAGUGGACCUCCACCCCCACCUCCACCCCCAGUUCCACCUCCACCCACAGGGGCUACGCCCCCGCCCCCACCCCCUCUGCCCGCUGGAGGAGCCCAGGGGGCCAACCACGAUGAGAGCUCUGCAUCAGGACUGGCUGCUGCCCUGGCCGGAGCCAAGCUGAGGAGGGUGCAGCGGCCAGAAGAUGCGUCUGGAGGCUCCAGCCCUAGUGGGACUUCAAAGUCCGAUGCCAACCGGGCCAGCAGCGGGGGAGGAGGAGGAGGCCUCAUGGAAGAGAUGAACAAACUCCUGGCCAAGAGGAGGAAAGCAGCCUCCCAGACAGACAAGCCCGCUGACAGAAAGGAAGACGAGAGCCAAACGGAAGAUCCUAGCACCUCCCCAUCCCCAGGGACCCGAGCCACCAGCCAGCCACCUAAUUCCUCAGAGGCUGGCCGAAAGCCCUGGGAACGGAGCAACUCGGUGGAGAAACCUGUGUCCUCGUUGCUGUCCAGAACCCCGUCUGUGGCAAAGAGCCCCGAAGCUAAGAGUCCCCUUCAGUCGCAGCCUCACUCUAGGGUGAAGCCUGCCGGGAGUGUAAACGAUGUGGGCCUGGAUGCCUUAGAUUUGGACAGGAUGAAACAGGAAAUCCUGGAGGAGGUGGUUCGAGAGCUCCACAAGGUAAAAGAGGAGAUCAUUGACGCCAUCAGGCAGGAGCUAAGUGGGAUCAGCACCACGUAAGAUGGCGCCAGCCCUGGAGGACCGCGAGGAGCCGUGCUCUCCCCAGCACACAGCGAGCCUGCAGAAGCUGGGAUGUGCUUGAGUCUCAACCUGUGAUACAAUAUUAAAAUGAGGAGACAAACUUCAACUCCUGGAUUUUUAGCGUAUCUGACACAGAACACCGGGUCUAUUCUUUUUUGUAUUUUAUAUUUGCUUAUUUAAGUGUACAUUUCUUUGGUUUAUAGAGAGAACACCCCGAAAUCACCUGCUUUAUUAGAUGGCUUCCAAGUUUUCUCCUAGGUGACACUGUUAGCUCCUCAGCUGGCAGUGAGCAGCUGGGUGCAGUGUGGCCUUUCCACGCCACAGAGCUGUCAGAAUACAGCUCAGACCCAGCAGCCAUGGUGUUUCAGUCUGUCCACGCAGUGCGUGUUAUGUCCACACGAUAAUAAAUAAACCGUUCACUGUCCACA